ACCCCUUCAACGCAGACGCGGUGGCAACUAAACCCAGAUCCCAAUUUCCUCGACUCCGCCAUGGCUCCGCCGUCCGAUCCUUUCAGCCAAGAAGCUGUUGUAAGAAAGAAGAACAACGGACCCCCUGUUAAGUUCCUUCUUCCUCUCAUAUACGCCCCUGUACUCCCUCUAAUUCGUAUAUCGCUGCGGCAUAAACCUGUCUUGAGAGAUCGUUUGUUCGCUGCUGUGUUGGCUGGGGCCUUUGUUCACGGUUUCUAUCUGGUAACAGAUCUGUAUGAUAUUGAAAGCAAGUGAUUAUGCAGAGCAUGUUUGAGAUGUUUGAUCAGUUUCAUUUACAUCACAACCUCAGGUCCUCAAUAAAUUUUUUGACCACAAUUUGCUGCUCGACAUCGUGGUAACACCUGAGAUAGCAUAGGUCUAUUUUGAUCAUGUAUGAAUAUUUUUUCUAUUGUUUUGGAAGAUUAUUGUGCUGUAUGAUCUUUGAGAGUUGCAUGUUGUGUUUGCGGCGUUAGCUUUGAGUGGAAUAACUAUGGAAUUCGGAAGCUGUUCUUUGAUCUCCAAUUGUUAUAAUGCCAGAAAUCCUAUUUUUAA